GGCAGCCUGCGCGAGCAGCACGGGAACAUCCCCUUCUGAAGAGGCAAAGUUUACUGGCCAAGGACCGGACCUGAGCGGUUGCUGAAAGCUGGGUCUCACAACACUCAUCUGUGCGUGUGUCGUUGUCCUUGUACCACUUCUUUCUUCCUCUACGGGACGGGAGCAAAAAAAGGAGAAGGAAAGAAAAAAAAGAAGAGUGCUGCUAAACUCUUAAGAUGGCUAGCGAUUGGCAACAUGGACUGUUUGGCUGCUUCGACAAUCUGGGUCUGUGCAUCAUCUCCUACUUCAUACCCUGUUACCAGUUCGGCAAGAAUGCCGAAGCAGUGGGAGAGAGCUGCUUUGGUUGCGGCCUGGCCUACAUCUGCCCCAUCGCCAACAUCAUCGCGGCCAUAAAAAUUCGCGGCAAGAUUCGGGAGCAGAAAGGAAUAGCGGGCUCGACGAUUGGGGACCUGGUGCUCUUCUGUUUCUGCCCUCUCUGCACCCUCGUACAAGAAGCCCAGGAGGUGCAAGGCAUGCCAGGCGGGGUGUCAAUGGCGCGGGAGUAAAAUCCCUUUGGUUUUCUACCAGUUUCUGAUUGUUUUGAAGACACCAGCAGCUUCAGCAGCAGCAACCAACAACAGUAACAACAACUGAUGCUGUUGCUUAUUUUUCGGUCAAGUUCGGUGUGUGGCCUUUCGCUUCUCCAUUUUCUUUCGUUUAUUCUGGAGUCUGUCCACCGGACGUUCCACAGUUGACUGGAAGAUGUAUCGUCUCGAAUCCGAACAUACCCGUGAGAGCAUUCACACUUGUGUACUUGCAGAGCUUCCAUACCAUCCAUGUGCCUCGCCACAAAACACCUGUGGCCAUGUUCUUCCUGGCAGCCGUGAAGCGGGACCCACUUCUGACAAACGAAAAAUUGAUCUACCGUUGAAGAACUUUUGCUAACGACCAACAAAUACGGAGAAUCAUUAUCAUGAGAACUGUGAACACUUAUAGUAUAGAAUGUUCACAUACCAUCGUCGUCACCGGCCUGUCGUUCAUCUGUCUCUGCCACAACGGUCAUCUGGGUAAUGUUAACUGUUUACAAAACUUUUUUGAUAACUCGUAUUGUGCCUGUUUAAUAUGUUCAAACCGCAUGUCAGCGUCACAGCUUGUUAUGUUAAUGGUGUGCAUGUGAGUUAGAUACUGAGCACUGGACAGCUAGUGGCUUUCUGGCUGACUUCUGUCAUCACUUCCUUUCUGAAGAAGACGAGACGAGUGAAGGAUGUAACAGUGUAACACCGAACAUCUCUUAAAACUGUUACACGGCGCAUCUUCUUGGGAUUAUACAGUUUGGAGUUCUAGGCAUGCAUUUACUGAUCCACGAUUGUGCUGCACGAGAAGCGAAGGAAAGAGUACACAAAGGAUUAUUUGAUCGUGAAGUCCAGGAACCAAGAGAGUCAGCAGUUGAAAAGACUUUGAACAGAGAGGUACACAACAUCAUUGAACCAGCAAUGUGACUUUUUGGUACACUUAAAAUAGAACUGAAUGUUAUGAUUAUUAACUGUAUGCUUUAUUAAACCAAUUAACUUUAUUGUCUAGUUAAGUAGAUAUACUACCCUGAGAUAGGGAUCCGCCUUAGAAUAUCUUUCACCUCUUCCUUUUAGAACCAUUAUAUAGAACGCAAUUUUUACACGACUGAAUGAAGACCCCAUUUAUUUUGUAUAUUUUAUUUUUCAUUGACAUAUUUUUCUGCUUUGCACAUAUAUUUAAUUUUUUCCCCAAGACCCCAUUAUUUGUACGUCUUUUAUUUUGAUUGAACUCAAUCGCAGUUUGUGAAGCCAUCCAGUCUUGAACGUUUUUGUCUAUUUUCAGUAUCCUGCUCAAAAUUAAUGUCCUUGCUUACCAAUGAAUAUAUUCUUUCAAGCAAAUACAGUACUUCUUUUAAUUA